AUGCUCGUUUAUCAGGAGCUUCAUCUCGGUCGGGAAGAAAACGAUCGCCUUCCAUGCUUCUUCUGCGGAAAGAGGGGUCAUACACCAAAGAACUGCCCAGAGUUCCAAACUCGCGAACAGAGAAUCGAACAGAUGAGAAAGUUAUCGCUGUGCAAGAAUUGCGGUAGCACAGACCACUACGCUUCUAGUUGCACAGGAGGAGCCUGCAGAAUUUGUGGCGUUAUAGGGCACCAUACCUCAAUCUGCAGCAAGCUUCAUGGUCCAACUUCGGGAAAGCCACAGGGAAAAAUGAGCCCUGUGAAGGCGAAACGCACACCAGUGCCUCGGACAUCAAAAGCCAAGCAGCAUACCGUUUCUUCUACACCAAUGGAGCAAAGUACGCUGAACGCUGAAACCGCAUUGUGUAUGAAGAACACUGCUGCUGGCGAGGACAUAAAAAGCGUCGUGCUUGUAGGGAAAGCUCUCGUCCUCAAUCCUCAUUGUAUGGGUAUGGCACACGUGUUUUCGGUCGCUCGGAUUGAGCACCUCACAGAACCCCUUCAGAGGCACCAACUUAGUGACGCCGACAAGCGUUACCUCGUUGAAAAUGACAUCGAAUUGUCAAUAAAGCCUCAUGUUCAGGAUGUUCAGCCACAGGUUCUGCUUGGAUGCAGUGAUACCUUCGCGCUGAUGGACUCUUGCAGACAGGCACAGCAUACCUUGCCUUCUGGAUUGAAGGUGAUCCCGUCACUUCUGGGAUAUCUGAUUACCGGGCAAAUUCCAAAAAAUACGGAUGAAGGAAUGAGUUCCAUCGAUUCCGUUGUUACCCUUCCACAGGAUACCCAGGGAGAAUCCGAAAUGGACUUAACAGCACAUCAUAUUUUUUCGGUGAAAUCUCCACACAGCGAAACAGGCGACGAACUCGUAGAUUGGGGACGACACAACUCCCUCUCCACUGCACAGGGCGCAGUGGCCUUCGCACUACGCUUUCUUAGGCGUCUGUGCUCAAGACUCUCUCCACAAUUGUCUACCCGUCUACGGUCGAAUAUUCCAGGUCUGAACAUCAAACGCGAGACACGAUAUGUUAGUGCAGAAGAAAGAAAGGCUGCUCUCUUAGUGAUAGUGAGAAACCAUCAGAAUCGCCAUAUCACAGAGCAACUGCUGAAGAUCGAUGAGCACGGUCUAUUACCACUGUUGUGGACGGAUGAACAACGCGCAGAUUCCAGAGCUCACGAAAAGGCCACUAUUCAUUGCAGCCAAAACCCCACUCGCGGCCUGUAUCACACUACGCAAACCGACGGCGGCGCAAUACAAAAACGCUACAACCUACGAAAUAGACCUCGAGUAGACUACUGCGAACGGCAGCAAGGACAGCAUACGGUUAAGCUCGUGAGAAGCCUACCCAAUGUGAUGCUCAUUACAAUGGUUGUGUUACUUUGCUCCCUUUCUACCACACUUGCGACUCCUUCUAAGGAGCCAAUGGAAGACUCUCUUCGUUGUGUCAAAGGAGGGGUGCAAAUUGUUAGCAGAAGCAUAUCACAAUAUGAAGUAUGCUCAGAAGACCAUUGUGUUGUCAGGAAACAGCCGCCACCAAAUGAAACCAUAACUUUCCCACCAGAGAUUACAGUACAUGCCCACACCGUACAGUGGAAGGUUCUCGAGGGAACCAAGGUCAAAGUGGUGGAAACGGUUUGCCCAGCGAUUCCCUUUUGCGAGCAUGUGCAAUGCUGGUUUUGUACAGCUACGGCGUUCAAUCCAGAAUGCAAUCCAAAGGCUGCUCUCUUGGUCUGGACGACGGUCUUAUAUGUGUUCAUUGCCAUAACUUACACACUUUGCUACGUACCAUUGACCUUGGGGAAGCCAUGUAGAGUGAUGGCACGCUUCCUCAUGGUUGGACUUCGUCUCAUCCUACAGUUCUUCAAGUACAUUGUCAAAAGUUUCCCCGGUAGAUGGAGGAGACAUAGAAAUAGGGACGAAGAAGUUGCAAAGUUUUUACGGAUCCCACUGAUAGCGAUCGCCAUUGCAGCAGUGCUACCGUUCGUAGAAUCUUGCCAAGACGUAGACAUCAUGUCGAUGAAGACAACCGUUUGUUCGCAGUCUUUUCCAGAAAAAGGAAAAUGUUGGGUCGAAAUUGACAUUUGCUCGGAGUAUGGCGACGGAAGACACACGCAGUCAACAGUUUUCCUUCAACCUACGGUACCCAUACAACACGGGCCUCUAAAGGUUACUCUCAGUUCCGUUACAAUACCACCAACACCAGAUUUACAAAGUCACUUCAUCUCCAAUGGGGCGGAAAUAGCUCUGUGGGAGGAAACUUCAAAAGUGACUCUUCAGUGCAAAUCCAUUCAACAAGCACGUGAACUCGACUGCGAUGUCUUUGACAGGUGCAUCUGUCAACCAGCGGAAAACCGAAUUCGUUGUGUAUGUGAAGAUCUGAAUAUCACAUCGGGCUUCCAUGACCAACUUGACAGAAGAUUGCCUGUCCGCCGACCGUGGAUAACCUUUAGAGCGACAUUCAACAACUCAGUUGCCGCCUUGAUACCAUCACUCGUCACUGCUGAAAUUCUUCUCACCUUCAAAGGUGAAGUCAAUACUACCAUCAAAGAGCUGUCGGACACUUUGUGCACAAUACCCAACACCGUAGUCUACGGAUGUUACCAGUGCACCCAAGGGGCUGUUGCAGAAGUUUCGUGUAGUAGCAGUGAUCCCACUAGGGCAGUUGUUAACUGCGAUGAGAACUACUUCACGGUCCCCUGCGGUCCUCAAGGAGAGAGAACACAAAUGCGGUUCAGUCGAACAGAAGCUCGAAUACGAAUACACUGUUCCGUCACAUGUGGAGCAAGAGGAUCAGUCAGAAACAUCAUCGAGGGAGAAAGUUCCAUCUCCGACGAAGUCUGGUUGCCUGAUUUCACCCACAUUUUCGACACCCUUACAUCAGGAUUUGGGCAUUUCAUUCUAGCAAUAGCAUCGCUCCUGGUGGUGGUCGGGGUCAGCUAUUUCCUACUAUGGACAUGUGGACUAAAAAUUGCCUUGGAAUCAGUCAAAUUGAUUUUCAGAAUCGUCUGGACUAUCACUAAAAUCCUUCUUUGGACUAUCGCAUGGAUUAUCCGU